UCUCUCGCCAUCUUAAUAUCGAUGCUCAGCAGCAGGAUGGUCCAUCAUUGCCUUUGUCAGAAAACACAAAUGUUGAAGCCGUUUCAGGCUUAGAGAAAUUUCGUGGAAUAUUGAGUCAAUGUAGCCGGCUAGCUACAAGAGGAUCUUAUCUGAAUCCUCAUCUACUGUCAUAUAUGUGGGAUUCAUACGUGGCUCUUGAGUUUAACGAAAAAUCAUUAAUAGAGUUAAAUGAGUUUGAUGAAAUUCUACGCGUCUUGAAUCAUAAUGGACAUAAAUAUCAACCCAAAUGGGGACAGUUGGUCACGGUGCUUGAAGAUAUGAAGAAAUUAAAUUUGGAAUACAAACUGGAUCAUUAUCAUAUGUUGAUUAUAGCGCUUGGCAAGCGGAAAGAUUUAACAAACGCGGUAAAGGUCUUUUUGGACCUUCAAUCGCGCGGAAUGACUCCUAAUGGGUCGACAUUUAAUCACUUGAUCGAUGCUUAUCUUACAAAUCAUGAUUAUACGGGAGCGAUAGAGGUUUACAAGCGGCUUAAAUAUUCGAAUUUUCCAAAAGAUAUUCCGACAAGUUUUUUCAACAAAAUCAUUAAGGUACAAUGUUCACGAGGCUAUUGGAAAAACGCGCUGGAUAUUUAUAAAGACAUGCGCACAUUUAACAUAUCGCCUUCUAUCCGAACUCUGAAUAUCAUCUUACACGCUACUUGUGAACAUAAAGGUUACGAAGCAGGUCUACAAAUAUUGCUCGAAAGAUUUCCCCAAUCAUUAAAAAAAGACAUCACGUCAUAUAACAUUCUUCUUUCUACUGCGGUGCGCGAAGAUAAUUUUGAUGGCAUAAUGUGGAUUUGGCAGGAAAUGCGUGCUGCCGGAAUAAAACUUAGUGCUGUAACGUAUACAAUUAUGAUGCAAUUUCACAUCAAACACGGAAGGUUGGAAGAGGCCUAUAUUACGUACAGAGAAAUGACUUCGUGCAAAUUACGGCCUGAUUUUGAUACAUUUCGAACAUUGCUUGAAGCUAGCUUGUUUGAUGAUUAUUCUUUUGGGAAA